AGCUCCAAGCUCCUGGACCUGCAGCUCAGAUCUCAGACACUCGAACACCCAAUCCUGGAGCGCCGGUCCCUCCCUGACCAUGGACUUCCACUCAUACCCCUCCCCAGGCACUAGCUGGAGAUAGACGUCCGAGUGGCCAGGCAGGGAGUCCCCCAGCCCAUACCACUUCGUCAGACACCAGGGGUAAGCAGCCAGCAAGCCGCAGGAAGGGGCAGGAGCAUGGAGCGACUUAGGGGUCUACUCCAGAGAGCGCAAGAGUUGUCCCUCGGAACCUCUCAGGCCAUCUAUAAGCGUGUUGAAGGCACCCAGCAGGGCAACCCGGAGGAAGAAGAAGACAGCGGUGGUGGCAGCAGGGAGGAGGGGUUCCAGCCUGUGGUCCACUUCUGCCCUAUGGAGCUGAGGAGCCCUGAGCCCCGGGGCUCGGGAGCAAGGCUGAAAACCUUGGGAUCCUGGGUGGCAGUAGGACGAAGGUCCACCCCCUACCUGGUCUUGACAGCCCUGCUGAUCUUCACUGGGGCUUUCCUCCUGGGUUAUGUGGCCUUUCGCGGGUCCUGCCAGGCAUGUGGGGAUGCCGUGCUGGUGGUCAACGAGGAUGUCAACUAUGAGCCAGCCCCGGACUCCCACCAGGGCCCGUUGUACUGGCGGGACCUCCAGGCCAUGUUCCUUCAGUUCCUGGGGGAGGGCCAUGUGGAGGACACCAUCAGAGAAACCAGCUCUCGGCAACGGGCGUCGGGCUCGGCGGGGAUGGCCGCCCUGGUUCAGGACCUCCGCACCGAGUUCUCGCGCCAGCGGCUGGACCACGUGUGGACGGACACACACUACGUGGGGUUGCAGUUCCCGGACCGGGAACACCCCAACACCCUGAGCUGGGUAGAUAAGGCCGGUGGGGACGGCGAGCAGCUGCCUUUGGAAGACCCCGAGGUCUACUGUCCCUACAGCGCCACGGGCAACGUCACGGGCGAGCUGGUGUACGCCCACUACGGGCGGCCAGAGGACUUGCAGGAGCUGCGCGCCCGGGGCGUGGAGCCGGCGGGGCACCUCCUGCUGGUGCGCGUGGGGAUGGUCAGCUUUGCCCAGAAGGUGGCCUGGGCCCAGGACUUUGGGGCACGAGGAGUGCUCAUCUACCCUGACCCAGCGGACCUCUCCUCGGACACACACAAGCUAGGCCUGUCCAGGCACCGAGCUCUAUAUGGACAUGUGCACAUGGGGACUGGGGACCCCUACACGCCUGGCUUCCCCUCCUUCAAUCAAACCCAGUUUCCUCCAGUCCAGUCCUCUGGGCUCCCCAGAAUCCCAGCCCAGCCCAUCAGCGCCGACAUUGCCUCCCGCCUGCUGAGGAAACUGGGAGGUCCUGUGGCUCCUCAGGAAUGGCAGGGCCACCUCCCAGAGUCCCCUUAUCGCCUGGGUCCGGGACCAACCCUGCACCUCAGAGUCAACAACCGCAGGGCUUCCACCCCCAUCAGCAACAUCUUUGGCUGCAUCGAGGGCCGGUCUGAGCCAGAUCACUACGUUGUCAUCGGGGCCCAGAGGGACGCCUGGGGCCCAGGAGCGGCCAAGUCAGCUGUGGGGACUGCCAUCUUGCUGGAGCUUGUUCGGACUGUGUCCUCCAUGGUGAGCAAAGGCUUCCGGCCCCGAAGAAGUAUUCUCUUCAUUAGCUGGGAUGGAGGCGACUUUGGGAAUGUGGGCUCCAUGGAGUGGCUGGAGGGCUACCUCAGUGUGAUGCACCUCAAAGCCGUGGUCUAUGUGAGCCUGGACAACGCCGUGCUGGGGAAUGACAAGCUCCAUGCCAAGACCAGCCCCCUGCUGACCAAACUCAUCAAGAGUAUCUUGAAGCAGGUGGACUCUCCUAACCGCAGUGGGCAGACCCUCUACGAGCAGGCGUUCUCCAGCCCCGGAGGGGAUGCACAGGUGAUCCAGCCCCUGCCCAUGGACAGCAGCGCUUACUCGUUCACCGCCUUUGCCGGCGUCCCGGCUGUUGAGUUUUCCUUCACGGAGGAUGGCCCAGUGUAUCCGUACCUGCACACCAAGGAGGACACGUACGAGAACCUGCACGCCGCGCUACGGGGUCGCCUGCCCGCCGUCGCCAAGGCGGUGGCCCAACUGGCUGGCCAACUCCUCAUCCGACUCAGCCAUGACCACCUGCUGCCCCUGGACUUCGGCUGCUACGGGGACGUGGUCCUCAGGCACAUCGGCAGCCUCAACGAGUUCUCUGCGGAUCUCAAGGCCCGCGGGCUGACCCUGCAGUGGGUGUACUCUGCGCGGGGGGACUACAUCCGCGCGGCCGAGAAGCUGCGGAAGGAGAUCUACAGCUCGGAGGAGAACGAUGAGCGGCUGACCCGCAUGUACAACGUGCGCAUCAUGCGGGUAGAGUACUACUUCCUGUCCCAGUACGUGUCGCCGGCUGACUCCCCAUUCCGUCACAUCUUCCUGGGCCAUGGAGACCACACCCUCGAUGCCCUGCUGGACCAUCUCAGGCUGCUUCGCAAGGGUGAUUCCACCCGCCCGGGGGACUCCUCCCCUGGGGUAGCACCCAGCCUAGGCUUCCAGGAGAGCCGCUUCCGUCGCCAGCUGGCCCUGCUCACCUGGACACUGCAGGGAGCGGCCAAUGCACUUGGUGGGGAUGUCUGGAAUAUUGACAACAACUUCUGAGACACGCCAGCCGUCUCUGCUGCACCCUCCCCCACCCCCAAUCUGAGAGCUCUUCCUCUCUCCAUUUGGAUGAUUUCAGGGUGCAGAAGUGUCCACACGCCCUCUCACAGCUGACUGAGAUUCUCAAAGCCCUUCCUGUCCCUCACAGCCCAAAUCCCAGUACAUAGACAUGCCCUCACCCCUGGAUCCACCAAAGUAGGGGUGACGUGAACUGUGCCUUCUAGAACAGCAUGGUCACACUGUCAAGUAAUUGGCCACGUCCUUGCCACCAUAGACCCUUUCUUCUUUAGGAUCACGGUCCCCCACACCUUGAGACCAUCCUUGAAGGAUUCUUGGGUCCUGGAGCCUGGCCCAGCUCUUGGUGGAAGAAAUGAUUAGACCCUGUAGUCAACAGGUAGUUGGUAGUGGAAGGGUGAUGGGAUUUGGGCGCCAAUAAACCCCUUGGUGACA